ACGAUCAGAAGUAGAUACACAAACAGAAAGCCAACCAGAAGAAAGCAUAAGAAGAAGAAUAAUAAAGCGAAAAGGGGGAAUUUAAAAAAAAAAAAAAAAUUUAAACACCAUUUUGCUUUCGGAUUCAGCUUUAAAUUUCUGUGUUUUCCUCCUUGAAUCGUUUUGAGAAGAUCGUAAUCGCAACAAGGUUAGAGAUUGUUUGUAUUUAUUAUGGCAAACUCGAAAGGGCCAUCUAGCAUCAGAAAUGUGAUAUACAGUGGGAAGAACUCGAUAUUGCCUCCUAAAAGUCCAUUUCCUAGCACACCCCCGUCGCAUAUUGAGUAUAUCCCUUCCAUCGUACAAAAAGGUACCCCAAAACCGAGAGAAGGAAAUUUGAACCAUCAGCGUACUUCCUCUGAAAGUUUUUUGAUAGAUGAGCAACCAUCUUGGCUUGAUGAUCUUCUUAAUGAGCCAGACAGCCCUGUGUAUAAAGGAGGUCAUCGACGCUCGUCUAGUGACUCGUUUACAUCCUCUGCAUACUUGGAUGCUGCUAAUGUUGCAAACUCGGGUUACAUAGUUCAAGAUCAUAACAGGUGCAGAAACCUGUUGCCUGUCCCUUCAUGGGGAUCCCAACUUAAUUACCGUGGAGAUGCUUGGCGCGCUGCUUGCUAUGCAGAUCCUAAUUCUCCAAGCAAAAACAAGAGUAGGGCAAGAGAUGCAUCUCCAAAUAAAAUUAUCCAUCCCAGUGGCAUUCCCACUCCUAGAGAAAAUACCAUUCUUCAAAACUCAGAAUCUUUAUAUUCACCGCAAGAAGAUGACCAUGGAGAUGCUUGGCACACUGCUUGUUAUGCGGAUCCUAAUGCUCCAAGCAAACACAGGAAUAGGAAACGAGAUGCAUCUCCAAAUAAAAUUACCCAUCCUAGUGGCAUUCCGACUCCUAGAGAAAAUAACAUUCAUCAAAACUCAGAAUCUUUUAAUCCACCGCAAGAAGAUGAAAGGGCACAAUCUCCAGCAACUGUCAAGCAUGAUGCAGUUGAAUCUGGUCCAGCUGAUACAAAAAGCUCUGCAGAAAAGGAAUCUUCUCUCGCCAUGAUAUCUGUUUCAGAAACAGACACAAAACGUGCAAAGCAGCAGUUUGCUCAGCGUUCACGAGUCAGGAAGCUGCAAUACAUAGCUGAGUUGGAAAGAACCGUCCAAGCUCUACAGGUGGAUGGUUCUGAAGCUUCUGCAGAGCUUGAAUUCUUGAACCAGCAAAAUCUUAUUUUGAGCAUGGAGAAUAAAGCUUUAAAGCAGCGAUUAGAAAGUUUAGCUCAAGAACAUCUUAUAAAGUAUCUGGAGCAUGAGGUACUAGAGAGAGAAAGAGGAAGAUUGCGAGCUUUGUAUCAGCAAUGUCAUCAGCAACCAUUGCCUCAACUGCAAAAGCCACUGUAUUCUGGCCAUCGACUUACCAAAAGCGUAGAUUUUGAUAAACAAUUCGCUAACCUAUCUAUGAAAGAAUUAAGAGGGCAGUUCUGACUGUGAACCCAUCUCCCUUCCCAACUUCAAGUUUGACCACUCAUAGCUAGGAUGUUUACAACCUCCGCUCCCCUGACUGCUCCUCAGCUGAUUAUGCUUCGGGAUCAACAAAUCAAGGUUUACUAUGCGUGUGAUAGAACUCUUGCAGUUUUCGCCCCCUCUGCUAGUAACUCGAGUUUCAGUUCCAUCUUUUUCGCUUUUAUUUAUCGAGGUUAGUACAUCUUUCAUGUGCACCUGGUGGGUGAUGCCAGAGAAUAGCGUAUUAUCUGGCCGUUGACUGACCUGAGGUGAUUGCUUCAUGCAUGAUUCCCCAAAUCCUUGUAUGAUCAAGUAAGUGAUUGAGUUCAUCAUAUCAGUUUCCUUUCAUGAAUUCCAUUUUGUGCUCUUGCCUUUUGAUGAGGAGUGGAAUGAGGAAAAUCUGAUUUCUUGGUAGUUGUUUUUGUUCUUUUGGUACUGGCUUUGUGGCAGCACAAUUAUUAUCUCUUUUACCUUUUGACAUAGCUAGUGAUUAUGGAAUAAUAUGAUCUUUGCAUACUAUACAGUAUUCUCAUCACUAUAAGAUUAGUAUGUGUUUGUA